GGACGCUCUCUUAGGGAUUCAACCCCCAAGCCCUCUUCUCACCAGCUCGGAGAGAAAAUGCCUAGAGAGACGGACCCCUUUUGGAAGUAUGUGAAAUUGCUGCCUAACAAACACUGGAACUGCAACUUCUGUGGGAAUUCGUAUGCUGGAAGCGCGACCAGGAUCAAGGCCCACUUAGCCGGAGUUGGAGGAUAUGGGAUCAAUGACUGCAAGGACGUUGAUGGCCGAGUGAGAUCGGAAGCCCGAAAGGCGAUGAAGGGUAAAACAGUGGUGGAAUCGAGCAGCAGACCAGAUAACGAUGAAGUGGGUCUGCAUCAGCCUGCGAUCGCAAGCAAUGAAGAUGGUCAGCCUGUGAUCGCAAGCAAUGAAGAUGGUCGGAGAGAGACUUCGUUUGUUGCCAUGCCAUACCUGAGCUCUAAUGCCAUAAGCAAUGGUCAGCCUGUGAUUGCAAGCAAUGAAGAUGGUCAGCCUGUGAUUGCAAGCAAUGAAGAUGGUCAGCCUGUGAUUGCAAACAAUGAAGAUGGUCGGAGAGAGAUUUCAUUUGUUGUCAUGCCAUACCUGAGCUCUAAUGCCAUAAGCACUGUAGGUGCAAAUUCAUCAGACUUUCAUCCAUUGCAUGAGAUGAAUGUGCCCAGUCAGUAUCUUCCUACUCAAAACAUGACCACACAUGGGGACAUUUCAUUCUGGACACAACCUCCUCAAUCUCAUGCCGUUGAUUCUAACAUUCAGCCAUGGAAUUUGAGUCAUCCCAGUGGCGGCAGAGACCUUGCACUUCAAGCUUUGACUCACAUGCCACCCCCAGUAAAUGUAGAAGAGGGAGAACCCAAUGCAGAGGUUCCAGAAGAUGCGAGGACAGAUGAUGCACUAGUAGAUAGUCAACCAGGUGCUUGUGGGCUGGUUGAUGUUAUGCCAACUCUGAAAAGAAAGCUGGAAGAACUAAGCAAUCAAGAAGCAGACAUGGAUGGGUUGGAGACAUGGUGUAGGAAAGCACAAAGGCUAAGAGGAGAAUACUGGAGCAUGGUCCAAGCAUUCCAAGAAGGCAGAUCUCUUUCUCCACAGCAAGUAGAAAGAAUAAAUGAUUUGAGCAAAGAAGUUGAAGAUAUUCUAGUCCACUGUAGCUUCCGAAAAGGUUGGACAACACAUGCUGCUGGACGUAGGAAAAGUUUGCCCUUGGUAACAACAGUGCUAGUAGACAAGGAAAGUAAGAAGACAAUAAAUAAGAUUUGCAACUAUCUAAUGGAGGAUGAGAUUGUCAUCAUUGGUAUUUAUGGAAUGGCGGGAGUUGGCAAGACAACCAUUCUAAUGCAUGUCCAUAAUAGAGUACUUGAGGAUCCUACCUUUAAUGAUGUGUUCUGGGUCACUGUACCUCGGAAGUUUAGCAUCUAUAAACUACAAAACGAGAUUGCCAAUGCAGUUGGACUAGACAAUCUCUCAAUGGAUAAGGAUGUGAAGAGGAGGGCAUGCAUAUUGAAUAGGCAUUUGAAGACAAAGAGAGCUGUCUUAUGUUUAGAUGGUCUGUGGAUGCACUUUGACAUUGAGGAUGUGGGAAUUCCAGUUGAGAAAGGAAGCAUUAAGUUGGUAAUGACAACUCGAUCGCUAGAUGUAUGUGAGAAGAUGGUCUGCCAAAAACAAGUCAAAAUAGGUCCUCUAGAUUUGCGAGAUGAUUGUUGGGUCUUAUUUUUGAAAAAGCUUUGCUUUGGGAGAGACCUCCCUUCAGAAGUUAAAAAUAUUGCAAGCUCCAUUUUGGAUAAGUGUGGAGGUUUGCCACUUGGGAUCAUUGAGAUCGCAACUCAGAUGAGGGGACUAAAGGGAGUGCAUGAAUGGAAAGACUUGUUGCAGCAUUUAGAAAAUUCGAUGAUGGGACUUGGUGUGUUCAAGAAACUGAAACUCAGUUACAUGAACUUGGGUAAUCUUCAAGUGCAGCAGUGUUUCUUGCAUUUAAUACUCUGUUUUGGAGAGUACUCUAAAGCUGAAAUCAUUGAAAAGGUUUUGAUAGAAUCUUUCAUAGAUGAGGGCUUGUUAAGUGGAAUAGCCACUCGGCAAGAAUUGCACGAUAAAGGUAACAUCAUAUUGGACAAAAUAAAAAAGGCUUGCCUGGGGGUUGAUAAAGACAAAGAAUAUCUGUUAGUACACCCCUUGAUAAGGGACAUGGCAUUGCAAAUAGUGACGAGCACAACUCACAUGGUUAAGGCGAACAUGGGAUUGAAAGAAAUUCCAAAAGAUAAGUUAUGGACCGAUCACCUAGAGAAAGUCUUUUUACAAAGCAACGAUAUAAAAGAAAUCCCAUAUGGCAUAUCGCCAAAUUGCCCUAAACUUAUGAGGCUGUCAUUGAAUAACAAUGUCUAUUUGGAAGCCAUCCACAAAUCUUUCUUCAAGCAUAUGAAGGGGUUGAAGGUUCUAGAUCUCAGCAAAACGAAAAUCACGGAUUUACCGGACACUAUAUCUCACUUGGAGAGCUUAGAAGCACUGUUACUCCGAGAGUGUGAGGAAUUACAUUUUAUACCUUGUGUGCGAAAGUUGGGAUCCCUAAAAAAGUUGGACCUUAGUGGGUGUGCAAUGCUUGAAGAAGUGCCGGAGGGGAUGGAGAUGUUGGUAAAGCUGAUGUACCUUGACCUGCUUGGCAUAGAGAUCAAGGCAUUACCGGAAGGAGUGUUGGGGAAGCUGGUGAACUUGCAAUAUCUGGUGAUUAAUUACAUGAUGGAAGAGGAGGUAGAGAUAGAAUUAACAAUGGUGGAAGGACUCUAUUGCUCUGUUCUGAAUGUUGAAACAUUCAAUGCAUGUGUGAGGCUUGUCGAGCAAAACAGCUCCCAACCAUAUGACCUGGCACUGAGUGCAUCAGGAAACUACCUCUUUAGGGAUAAGCAUGAGAGGCGUAUAAUCAUCGAAAGUGGCCAUAGUAUUGUGGCAACGGUAGAUGGAGAAAUUGGUGGGGAUGGCCGCGCUCUAUUUCCCAAAAAUGUGCAAGUACUAGAAGUGGGACGGUGCAGUGGGGUGACAAGUUUGUGUGAGGUAGGCCCACUUAAUAAUCUAGAGGAGCUGGAGAUAAACGAAUGGGAGAAGCUGGAGGAGCUGGGUGCUGUCCACUUCCCUCGUCUUCGGAGACUGAAAAUCACUUGGUGUACCAAACUGAAGCAUUUCUUGAAGGAGGGGCAUGAGCUCCGAUAUCUACAAUGGUUUAAAAUCGAGGGCUCGGAGGAACUAGAGGGGAUUAAUAUAGCAGCACCUUUUCUUUAUAAUAUAGAAGUGUACAGGUGUCCUAAAAUGAAGUGGGUGGUGAAAUGGCAGUGGCUGGCCACUUGCCUCCCAAAUCUGAGGUCCAUUAAAAUAAAAGAUUGUGAGCAAUUAGAGGAGAUAUUAGGUGGGCUACCGCCAAUCGGUGCAUCUUGUCGUCUUAAAAAUAUUGAAAUAGUAGGAUGCGACAACCUGAAGGGGGUGCUGAUGGCGCAUGACAUGUCGCUCCACCUUCCGUUACUCCAAGAUGUAAUAGUCAAAGACUGCAUGGGCAUAGAGGUGAUAAUAGGCACUGUUUUUAACAUGAUGCAACCCUCCUUCCUAAAUUUAUUAAGCCUGACUCUAUGUAGUCUUCCGGAGCUGAAGAGCAUAUGUCAAGGGACCGUGAGUUCCCUUUCAAUCCAAUAUAUGAUGAUAGAUGACUGUCAGCAGCUGAAGAGGCUUCCUCUGCUUGACCAUCGUCCCCGCGAUAAGCAUGAUAUUUGGAUAGAUGAGCUGACGUGGCAGUCGCUGGAGUGGGACCACCAAUCCCUUUUCCAACCUUCACUUCAAUACUUAGCCAGGAGUUAUGGGUUUUCCAAUUGGCUUGAUCAAAAGAUAUGUGCAUAUAUUGAAAGUAGCAGCGCUAUUACGGCAAGGGUAGAUGGACAAAUUGGUGGGGAUGGCAGCAAUUUACUUCCAAGAAAUGUGCAAGUACUGGAAGUAGGAGGGGGCAGUGGGGUGACAAGUUUGAGCGAGGUAGGCCCACUGGAGAAUCUAGAGGAGCUGGUCAUAGAGAAAUGGGAGAAGUUGGAGGAGCUGGGUGCUGUCCACGUCCCUCAGCUGCAGAGACUGAACAUCAAUCGCUGUUCCAAAUUGAAGCGUCUCUCAGUGGAGGGACAGGGGCUUCCACAUCUACACUGGUUUACAAUCAGAGGCUCAGCAAAACUAGAAGAGAUCGAUUUAGCUGCACCUAAUCUAAACUUUAUGGAAGUGCAGGAUUGUCGUAGAAUGAAAAGAGUGGUGGAAUGGGACUGGCUGAUCACUUGCCUUCCAAAUUUGAAGUCCAUUCGAAUAUUUGGGUGUGAGAAAUUAAAGGAAAUAAUAGGUGGGCCAUUACCAAUUGGUGCCACUUGUCGUCUUACAAUGUUAAAAAUUUUUGGAUGCAACAACGUGAAGGGGGUGCUGCUGACGCACGAUAUGUUGCUCCACAUCCCUUUCCUCCAAGAUAUAACAAUCUCACACUGUGAUGGCAUAGAGGUGAUAAUAGGCACUGCUCCCAACAUGAUGCAGCCCUCCUUCCCGAAGUUAACACGCCUGACUGUACCGGAUCUUCCGGAACUGAAGAGGAUAUGUGAUCGGAUGGAGAGUUGCGAUCACAUCCAAUAUAUUGAAAUAUACGGUUGUCCGAAGCUGAAGAGGAUUCCCUUGCGACUGCACCCACUAGACAAUGGCCUCCUUUCUCCUCUCCCCUCCCUUGGACGGAUUGUGACAGAUAAGGAGACGUGGCAAGCGCUGGAGUGGGACCAUCCCCUCGCCCGUGUCUCACUUGAACCCUUCAUCGAGUUUGUUGACUGAUGAAGGCGCAGAUGAUCAGCUGAGGAUGAAUUGUCUUCUGACAGCACUGGACAACAAAGUUAUCGCCAUUUCUACGUCGUCUUGCUCGAUUGAUUUUUAAAGCACGUCCGGUUUCUGUGAUGACAUAUACUUACUUUAUUUUUGUCUUCUUGUUCUAUCUAUGAUGAGCAUCUCUCUUUCUAUAUUUCUCGAUUUGUCUUCCUUACUUGUCACUUGCCUCUAUUUUUGUUGCUUGAAUAGAUACUCUCUCGAGUUUCAACCUAAUAUGCCAUAGUAGGUUUGAUUUUAGAGGGACCAUCUUGCAAAUGUCUGGUGUAUCUACGUAGCAUGUGUAUUCAAUAUGUUAUUGUUUAUUUUCAUUGACAUGGCUCAA